AUGAAUCUGGAGCCCUUGCCCCGUACCGAAACGAUACACGUCACCGCACCGGCCGCAGCGGCGGCAGCAGCAGCAGCAGCAGCCGCCGCCCUUCACCGCCCUGUUCAAACCAUGCCCCAGCGGUCACCGUUCGCCAUCCAGGAGCUGCUCGGGCUCGGCAGCAGUGGCGAAUCGACCCGGCCCAGUGGUGUCGUGUCGGCGGUCACCCCAUCACUCUAUCCGACCACCGUCGGGCAGGCGUCGUUUGCGGCUGCGGCGGCAGCGGCCGGUUGUGCCGAUCCGCACCAGAUGCAGAUGGCGGCGGCCUCGCGGAUGGCGUACUUUAAUGCGCACGCUGCCGUGGCAGCGGCGUUUCUGCCCCACAACAUUGCGAGUGCGGCCGCCGGUGGUGGUUCGUUGCAGCUGCAUUCGGCACAGUCGGCCAACAAUUUUACACACUUAAAGUCAACCUUCGGCGGUGGCGGCGGCGCUUGCUUACCGGGAGGUGGUGUAGAUUCCAGCAAAGACUUUACCAUUGACGGUCUAAAUAGUUACGGAAAGAAGAAGAAGAAGAAACGAAGGCACAGUCGCACCAUCUUCACCAGCUAUCAGCUAGACGAGCUCGAAAAGGCCUUCAAAGAAGCGCACUAUCCCGAUGUGUACGCCCGCGAAAUGCUUUCCCUAAAAACGGAUCUCCCGGAGGACAGGAUACAGGUGUGGUUUCAGAACCGGCGAGCCAAAUGGCGCAAGACUGAAAAGUGCUGGGGCCGCAGCACGAUCAUGGCCGAGUACGGGCUGUACGGUGCGAUGGUCCGGCACUCGCUCCCGCUACCGGAAACGAUCCUCAAGUCGGCGAAAGAGAACGAAACCGUCGCCCCCUGGCUGCUAGGCAUGCACAAGAAGUCGCUCGAGGCGGCCGAAACGCUCAAAAACUCCGAAGAUAACAGUGACCGUGAAGAGACACGGACGGAGUCGAGCGAAACGAGCGGCGGCUCGGGAGCGGCCCUCCACUGCACCCUCGGCUCCUCGCCCCUCAAGUCGCCCACGAUCGCGUCGGAAGGGUCCGGAUGUAGCGGCAGCGGUGGUACCAGUAGAGGUGACUGCGGUGGUGGUGGUGGAGGUGGUGGAGGAGGCGGAGGAGGAGGAGGAGAGGGUGGUGGUGGAGGGGGAAACGGAUCGUCGUUGAAUGGCAAGCAUGCCAGUGCCGGGGCAAGAUCGGCAAUGGCGAAAGUGUCACGGUAUGGGCUCGGGUCACCGACGGGUGGACGUCCACAUUCACCCUCCGUCACGCCGCCCGCUUCGGUACACCAUCCGCACCAUCAACCACCACCUGCUCACCCGUCCUCGCUGACCGCACACCCGCUAGCCCAUCCGGUACAGCCGACGACGACGGCCAGCACCGGCAGCGCGAUCAAGCUGCAGCCACGAUCACCUCCCUUAGGGACGUCCCUUGCUGGUGGUGGUGGUGGUGGUGGCGGCGGUGGCGGCGGAGGUUCGACCGGCGGAAGUGAUCAUCUUUCUCCCGUAGGGCAUGGCCAUGGACCACAUCACGCGGGAGGGAUGCCACCGGGUAUGCCGGACGGUGGCGGCACGGCCGACUUCCUGCACACCAACAACAACUAUCACCCCGAAAACGACCACGAAGCGUUUAGGUGGGUUGACUACAAGGAUCCGGUCGCGUUCAUACGGAACAACUCGAUCGCUUGCCUAAGAGCGAAGGCCCAGGAACACCAGGCACGGCUACUCAACAGCGGUCUCCUGCUGCAGGUACGCUCACUCGCCGGUCUUCAAACUCAUCCCGCGUUCGACGGUGGGUCCGUACCGUCGCUAACCUCACCGUACGAUGGUUCCUGCUCUGUAGCAGCCCAUGCCGCCCUGCACGCGCAGCAACAGCGCACACCACCACCAUUACCAACCCAAUCAUCCUCCCUGGACGGUUCUUCCCUUUCGACCGCCACACUGCUCGAGAUCGAUCGACAGCGGGCGGAAGCGAACAGUAGCAACGGAUCGGCAAUCUCCGUUAAAGGUGCCAGCAGCAGUCCCAACGUUAGCACUUUUUGACAGCAUUUAUAAGCU